UGUCGCUAGCCAGCAGAUGGCAAACUUUCCCACUUUACAUAUAUGUAAUAAUGUGUAUGUGUGUACAUACAUAUGUUUAUCGUUGCAAACGCAUGGCUCAUUGAUAAAAAAAACAAUGCACUUAUGUGCAUGCAUAUAUAGUACUGUUCUGUCUACAAAUUGGAAAAGAAUGAAUAAGAGAGGGGGAGCUUGUUAAAGGAAUGUUUAUAUUCAUACCUUUACAAAUUAUAAUUCGAAUGAUAACUUAGUUUUGCAUGUUAGUCACUUAAAAAAGUAUCGAUAAAAGAAUAGUCAUAUAUGUAACACAUAUACAUAUUACCUAUGUUUCGAUAAGGUAUUACAAUGUGUUACAAUCAUAGUCUAAAACGAAUAGAUCUAGUACACUUUCAUUUUUCUCUUUAACCAAUAAUAAAAGAUGGAUAGUAGUUUGACAGAAAUUGUGGUCGAUUCAAAAUCAUACAGUUCGAAACACUUUUAUAUAGGUCUAGGACUUGCAAUCAGUUCAAGUGGUUUUAUAGGGGCCAGUUUUAUUAUAAAAAAAAAAGCACUGAUUCGUCUUCAGAGAUGUGGUGGGUUACGAGCUUCGUCUGGAGGGUUUGGAUACUUGAAAGAAUGGCUAUGGUGGGCUGGUCUCCUUUCAAUGGCAAUAGGAGAAGCAGCUAAUUUUGCUGCUUAUGCUUUUGCACCGGCUUCCUUGGUUACACCAUUGGGAGCACUCAGCGUUCUAAUAUCUGCAGUAUUAGCAUCCAAGUAUUUAAAUGAAAAACUUAACUUAUUCGGAAAGAUCGGAUGCCUUUUAUGCAUAUUAGGUUCUACAAUGAUCGUACUUCAUUCUCCCAAAGACGAAGAAAUUAGUACUUUAAACGAGUUAGUAGAUAAAUUAAAAGAUCCAGGUUAUAUUAUUUAUAUAUUGAUAGUAAUGUUGUACAGUUUGUUAACGAUUUUUUAUUUUGGUCCUGUUUAUGGAAACCAAAAUAUUUUGGUAUACAUCUGUCUAUGCUCAUCUGUUGGUUCAUUAACUGUUAUGAGCUGUAAAGGUUUAGGAUUAGCUUUGAAGGAAACCAUUACCACUAAUUAUAAUGGCUUCACCAACUGGUUAACGUGGGUGUUUUUAUUUAGUGUAAUACUUUGUAUCAGUGUACAAAUGAAUUAUUUGAAUAGAUCAUUAGACCUGUUUGAAACUACAAUAGUUACACCAAUUUAUUAUGUUAUUUUUACAACAUUAGUAAUAAUCGCAUCCGCGAUAUUAUUUAGAGAAUGGGAAAAUAUAGGAACCGAAGACAUUUUAGGUUGCUUUUGUGGUUUUCUCACUGUGAUUAUCGCCAUAUUUCUAUUAAAUGGAUUUACAGAAUUAGACAUAAACUUUUGUAAUAUCAAGCAUAUGUUAAGACCCAAAAGGGAGUUACUUCUAAACAAUAGCACCCAAUGGAACAAUACAGAUGAGGAAAGAUUAAUAACAAGAUUAGAAACAGAAUUAUAAACCAAAUUUAAUAUUAUAUUCAUAGGCGGCGAUUUGUUUCAUACAGUAUCAUGUUUUACAGUAUUUAUUUUAUAUUUUUUAUUUUAGCUAUUGACUGUUAUGUACUGUUUUCAUUUGUUACAUUCGUAGGUUACUAUAUCUGUACAUAAUAUGUAUUCUUUGUACACAUUUUUAUUCCUCAUACAUGAACUACUACGAACAAAAUGUAUAGCGAUGAAAAGUAAAAGAAGUGUUGUACAAUUUGUAUACUACACCAUACUGAUAUAAAAAAAUAAUAGAUAUUAUGCGCAGAUA